UUGAACUGGUUAAACAGGUGAAGUAAAACCCAUGCCCUCGGCAGGUAAAUAUCGUGUUGACGUUUGUUCCGAGUGAAAAUUUCAAUGGAGUUUGAACUCCCUAGUCCUAAUUCAAACAUACGAGUAUUAUAUAUCGUUUUAACGAUCGUCCAAUCAGGAACAUAGAUUUGUGAUAUCAGUGAUGCGUUUACACUAGACCACGGGGUCAACCUCGCCAGCCACAAAGAAAAUAUUGACAACGCCAUGGAUUACACAACUAACACAAUUUCUCUCGAGGAUAUCGAAGGAGCACGGAAAAGAUUGGUUGGAAAGGUCCAGAAAACUCCACUAAUAGCGCUGAAUUACCUGGUUCCUGAUGUAAAUAUAUAUCUGAAAUUGGAAAAUCUUCAACCAAUUGGUUCGUUCAAAAUACGUGGAGCUUGCAAUGCAUUGGGAAAACUGUCAGCCGACCAGCUCAAAGAGGGUGUUUAUACCGCGAGUGCUGGAAACUUUGCCCAGGGAUUGGCCUGGAAUACUCAAAAACUGGAUAUACCCUGUAAUGUGGUCGUCCCUGAUCAUGCUCCCGCCACUAAGCUAGCAGCCAUUGAGAGACUUGGGGGUCAAAUUGUUAAGGUUCCGUUCAGCGAGUGGUGGAAGGUUUUGGAGACACACAACUUCGAUGGAAUGCCAGGAACAUUUGUACAUCCCGUGUCUGACCCAUCAGUUAUAGCAGGCAAUGGGACCAUUGGUUUGGAGAUAUUUGAAAGUUUGCCAGAGGUCGAUGCCAUCAUCGCUCCAUACGGCGGAGGAGGUUUGUCGUGUGGAAUCGCGUCGGCUGUCAAAGCACUUAAACCGGAAGUGAAAGUCUACGCAUGUGAAGUCGAAACAGCAGCUCCUCUCAAGGCAUCCAUGACUGAGGAUAAACCUGUCCAGUUUGAUUACAAGGCUUCCUUUAUUGACGGUAUGGGAGGCAAAUCGGUCCUAACAGAGAUGUGGCCGUUGGCUCGAAGACUUCUGGACGAUUCCAUCGUUGUCAGUCUACAGGAGGUUGUGGACGCUUUGAAGCUGAUGGCCGAGAGGAACCACGUGAUCGCAGAAGGUGCAGGCGCAGCCCCUCUUGCUGCAGCCUUGUCAGGAAAGGCAGGAAAAGGGAACAUCGUGUGUGUGGUGUCCGGUGGUAACAUUGACACGGAUAAAUUAACGACUAUAUUACAAGGAAAGAUACCCCACUGAUGUCGCAAGAACAAUAUGGCUGCUCACAACAGUCCCUUUUACCAUGCUUUUAAGUUAAGUGAAGAUAUGUACAUGUCAAUAUACCAAUUACUUCAUUACUUAACGCUAUGGUUUGAACUUUUAAGAUGUUAGCUGCAAUAAACUAAAAACAAUGCGUUCAACAAAAGUCAUAUUUUUUAUU